AUUGGGAAUUUGGCAGUGUGCUCGCGCAUCGAUUGCGCCAGGUAUACCUGCAGUCCUCUUGCUUCCUCGCUGCGCUUUCUUUUGAUAUGCGGGGCGUCGUGGGUGGUUGCCAAUUGCGGCGCCUGGACGGUGAACAAGCCGGCAGGUGGUGGGGGCUAGGUCGGGAGCCUUAUGCCGCUACUAGUGUGUAGAAUAUGAAUGGCGCGGCAAGGAUUUGCGUUCUGGAGAUUGUCGCUCUUCGUGGCCGUGAAAGCUGGGAUCCGAGCACGGCUUGUUAGGAAGGUGAUGAGGGCGAACGGCACAGGGUGAAAGUGGUGGGAUAAAUAAGUGAAGUGGAGACUUGGAAGUAGCUGUAAGAACAGGGGAAGGUGGGAUUAGUUGAUUACUCCGUGGGUCGGUUAUUUGGUGGGUUCGGGGCAUAGUGAAUGUCCCGAACUUUUGAACCGGCUGGUACUCCUCGCUGGAAUCAUAUCAAGGGGGCUUUCAUAUCACUCUGUCCGGGCUUCUGCAUUACACAAUGGCGUCUUAUUCUCGAUCCUUGACGCCGUCUAGACAGCCACCGGGGAUGGACAGUGCUGCAAUUGCUCGAGCUCAGCAACAACAUCGAGCGAAUACCAUGCAGCAACAGAUUCGAGCUGCAGCUCCGGUGCAGCCCAAUUCGUGUCCUGUAGCCAUACUGUGGGAUAUUGAGAAUUGUCCUGUGCCAGGGGAAGUGAAUGCUGAGGAUGUUGCCGGCAAUAUCAGGAUUGCUUUGCGGGAGCACCCUCAUGUUGGAGCUGUCACUAUGUUCUCUGCGUACGGUGAUUUUAAUCACUUUCCCAGAAAGGUUCGCGAAGGAUGCCAGCGAACGGGCGUGAAUCUGAUUGACGUGCCGAACGGUAAGAAGGACGCUGCGGACAAGGCUAUCUUGGUGGACAUGUUUUUGUUCGCCCUUGACAACCCUCCUCCAUCGACCAUUUUCCUUAUUACAGGAGAUGUGGAUUUCGCUCCUGCUUUGCACAAGCUUGGCCAGCGUGGAUAUGUGGUGGUUCUUGUGAUUCCGGAUGGGGUUGGGGUAUCUUCAGCUUUGAGGGGUGCGGGCCGGUUUGUGUAUGAUUGGCCCUGUCUGUGUCGUGGAGAAGGAUUACAAAACCCCCAGAGGCAGGGACGACAGUUUAAUAACAUGUAUCCUGUUGACGAUCGCAGCCAGGGCCGGGUGCCGAACAGUAUUUUUACAGAUGUGGAUCGAAUACCUGCAAACCAGUUCCAGGAUACCUACUCAGAGUAUGUGAGGCCCCUCUACACAGAGGAAACAGAUCCUCGCAUCGAUGAGGAUGUGUAUGGAGAGGAGAUUCUGCCUUGGGGAGGUCCAUCUAAUACACUUUAUAAUGUUCAGCCUGUGGACUACGGGCACCAGCCAUACGUGAUGACGGGCCAGGUGCAACCUCAGGGACCAAGGUUGAGUCCAGGUUUUCGCAACCCACACAUUGCUGCUCCUGGGCAGUUGAGGAAUCCAGUAUCUGGAGGAUUUGUGGAUAGCAGAGGUAGAUCGACCAUUUCUGCUACUGAUAGCGCAGUGCAAGCAGGAGAUCCUGAGGAGGGUACGUGCCCUGAUGGAAGUUCACCUCUAUGGGCUCCGCCAGGUGAUUUGAUAGGAUUGAAGAGGCAGCUUGUGCAGCUUUUAAAUCAAAACGGUGGGCAGAUGAUGCUCUCGAAGGUGCCUGCCGAAUACAACAAGCUUUUUGGACGACCUCUUUAUCUUGCUGAUUACAACGCACAGAGGUUAGUACAUCUUAUAGACAAGAUGAAGGAUGCACUGCUUAUCAAAGGAGAUGGUACAUCGAAGACCUUGCAUGUAUUAAAGAAAGAGCCGGCCCGCGUGACCAAUAAGUACAAGCCUUCCAGCAAUCGUGCUUCUGCUCUUAAGGGCGACAAAGACAAGGAUGCUGGUGAAGAUUCUGAGCCUGAGGGUGCUCUGCCGCCAAGUAAGGAAGUUGAGAAGGAGACCUCCAAAAUUGAGUUUGCAAACGAUCUUUUGAGCAAAAGUAGUCUUCUUGAGGUGGAAAUGGAUACAGAGAAGGUCCCAUUUGUGGGAACAGUUGACCCCAAGAGACAUCUGCUUGAUAUGGACAUGGAAGAGACCAUGGAAGAGACGAUUGUGGUUCAAAGUGCUUCUAGUUGGAAUCCUCCAUCGGACGAUGUCAAAUUUAAUGUUCAUACCAGAAAAUUCGUCCCUAUCGUUGAUGUCGAAGAGGAUGAUAUAAAGGUGGACGACUUCAUAGCCCCGGAUGUUCAGUUGACACACCUGGAAAACUUGCGAGUAUUCAAGCGACAGCUGGAGGAGCUUCUAGUUGUGUAUUCCUACCAGAUUGAUUAUUCGGAUUUUAACCGAGUAUAUAAACAACGAUAUGGCCGGAAUCUCGACUUUUCAUCGUUUGGAGUGGACAGUAUGGAUUCAUUAGUUGCUAAGGUACAGGAUGUGGCAACUAUCAAAGAUGUUGAAGGCACGGUUUGGUUAAUGGCUGUGUGAGAUAAAGAAGAAUCUUGGUGGUAAUAGAGGUGCUUCUGGAGGAUGUUCGUUGAAUUCAUGUCAGUUUGAGGAAGCUCUAAAAUUACCUUCAGUGUAUAGGUGAUGAAGCCAGAGCUGAAUGCAGGGGGGGAGAUGAUCUUUUUUUGCUUUCUUUUAGGUGAUGAGGGUCCAUCUUCGGAUACAAGGCUAAAACUUUUCGCUUUCUGCUUGAAGCUGACCGAUUAAGAGUACAAACUCUGCGAGAUGCUCUGUAUUGGAGGAGAUAUCGCAUGAGCUGCAGAAGUGGGAGCGUUGUUUCCUAUGGAAUAAAGUCGGGUGGGGUAGCUCCAUUUGGCUUGUAUCUAGAGGCGCGUAUCCGAUAUUCAGCAUGCUGAUUUGGAUAAGAAACACAAUGUGGUCUAUAUAUGUUGAUAUUUUGAGUGACUAGACUGGUCACAGAGGUUGUCUAUAUUGUUCUUUUAGAAGGCAACUGGUCAUCCCUGUGUAGUGCAGAAGGGGUUAUUUUUUAACCACCUCUUUUGCAAACAUAUAGUAGGUUUAGACGACACACUAUGAGCUGGAGGCAGUAGAGAAUCUCUAUGUUCAUUGAGAGAGGGAGUAGAAAUGUUAAUCUGAAUGUCUCUUUACUUAUGCCGCUAUCUGGUAUGGUUUUAGUUUUAGCACCUGAAGUUGGAACCGCCAUGCCGUAUUUUGAGGUCCGAGGUCCAGUUCUAUUUUCUGUGUCCAGUUCUAAAGUCUAAAUACAGUUUCACGAGAACCAGUGCACUUUCGCAAUCUUACGCCACUCUAAGGUCUUGGCCGAUCGGCUGGCGGUUCCACCCGGCAGUGGUGUUUGACUCUUCUACUUUACUGGAGCUUUUUUUAACCUGAUGGCAGGGCAAUGGAUUUGAUUAUGAAGAUGAGGAAGUAAUGCCCUAGUUUCUACUACACAAAUACUACGGGCAUCUUGGGAGGCAGAAGAGUUGCCUCAUAAUCGCUGGAGUAAUAGUUUCUCUUGAGCUAAGCCGGCGGUCUUUCCUUUGAUCGGGUAUGUGCGUAUGCCUGCAUUUCAUAUUACAGCAGUGGUUCGUUACCCCCAGAUAUUGAGAUUUUUUUCCUCGAUCUCUUCGUCAAGCGUACAUGUGGGUUCUUUUUCUGCUCUGCAGUAAAAGCUACAUUAGUCUGGUGCCGUCAGUUUCAUACCCUUGAAGCCGCUACAUUCGUGGGUGUUGCUCUACUUAACCUUGCUUAAUUCGCUAUCUGAACAGGUUUUCUGUAAUCAAACGGCUUUGUUGGCUAGUUCUGAUUACUAAUCUGUGAGUUUGCUCAACAAAAUAGUUUUGAAAGAUUUCUACUUGGUGGAUUUCGUAGUUCAUAAUAACAUUGAAUAUCCGCAUAUGUGAAAGAAGAGAGCUUCAGUGUACGAGAGUUUUCAGAGCUGACACUCCCUCAACUAUUUUAGAAGAUCGAUUCUUUCCUUUUGUCAAGUUGUACAAUAUCAAGUGAGCAUUUUCAUUUUAUUGGGAUUUUGUUGAAUUUGAUA